AUGGACGCUCAGUCAAACAACUACCCGUACACAAUUGUGCGCAUCAAGCGCAAACGCACGGAUGAACCACUUGACGCGCUUGUUGUCGAGUCUCGGGUUCGCAGAAAGAAGUCGAAAGGUGGUCGCGAUGUUUUUCAGUUUAUUCAAACCGUCGAAGAGACCGUCUGGGAGGAUAAGCAACUGCAGGAGACGCUACAGAACCAAAUUUCGAAAUUAUCGCAAAACCACACUGAAAAUAACGCCCAACCCUCGGUACCUGCGGAUGUCACGAAUCUGUCUGAGGCCCAACGCCGUCGGCAAUUAGCUGAUGAAGGAAGACGCUACACAAUCGUUCCUACACGCGAAUCUGUUGAAAAUACCAAGUAUGCUACCAGUCCUCCAAAGGUCAUAUCUGCAAAAGAUGCUCGAUCUCAAAACGACUUCAGGAUGUACGAUGCCGUUCCAGCUGAUAAGAAGCCUACGUCUUCUGUCUUUGAUUCCGACAUGGAGAAAUUCUUACCCAUGCUUCAGAAUUACUUGCGCAGUCUUACAUGCUCAUGCCCAUGCCUUCCAGUGAAUGACGAGCCCUCGCAAGUUCUCUCCGCUGCUCCCCCAGCGGAGGACUAUGUUUGGGACGUGUUCUACAGGCGCCCUUGCACACUCAGCGAAUGGAAUUCAGUUGCUAAUAUCGGAAUGCUUGAAGGCCUUCCUCCCUCACUGGAUGAUCCCUACUCUAGUGACUCAGAGUCCGAGGAGGAAGAUAAUGCUGACGAAGACUCAAAUGCCGAGGAAUAUUACAAAAAUGACUAUCCAGAUGAGGAUGAUUCGGAUGAUAGUGAGGGGGGCGAUAUAUUUCAUGACAGCUCCGAAGCGGAAGACGAUCUUCGGUACGACGAUUUGAAUGAUGACGACAGCUAUUGGAGGUAA